UGCGCGCGCCCGCGGAUCGCCAUGGAGGCCUCGGCGAGCGGAGGGGCCGGCGGCGGCGGCAGCGGCGGCGCGGGGAAGCGCUGGUACUUCAGCCGGGAGCAGCUGGAGCGGAGCCCGUCCCGGCGCGCCGGGCUCGACCCGGACAAGGAGCUCUCGAACCGGCAGCAGGCGGCCAACCUGCUCCAGGACAUGGGGCAGCGCCUCAACGUCUCUCAGCUGACCAUCAACACCGCUAUCGUGUACAUGCACCGGUUCUACAUGGUCCAGUCCUUCACCCAGUUUCAUCGCAAUUCUGUGGCACCAGCAGCCCUGUUCUUGGCAGCCAAGGUGGAGGAACAGCCUCGGAAGCUGGAGCAUGUAAUCAAGGUAGCGCAUGCAUGCCUGCAUCCUCAGGACACCCUUCCAGACACUAGAAGUGAGGCUUACCUGCAGCAAGCUCAAGACCUGGUCAUUCUAGAGAGCAUUAUACUGCAGACCCUGGGGUUCGAGAUCACUAUUGAUCACCCCCAUACGCACGUGGUGAAGUGCACGCAGCUAGUGCGAGCCAGCAAGGAUUUGGCACAAACUUCCUACUUCAUGGCGACCAACAGCCUGCACCUGACCACCUUCAGCCUGCAGUACACCCCUCCCGUUGUGGCCUGCGUCUGUAUCCACCUGGCUUGUAAGUGGUCCAACUGGGAGAUCCCAGUCUCCACGGACGGGAAGCACUGGUGGGAAUACGUUGAUGGCACUGUAACUCUGGAGCUCUUAGACGAGCUGACUCAUGAAUUCCUGCAGAUUCUGGAGAAAACUCCCAACCGGCUCAAACGCAUCCGCAACUGGCGGGCCUCCCAAGCAGCCAAGAAAUCCAAAGCAGAUGACCAAGGAGAAGACGAGUGCCUCUCGGAGCAAACUAUUCUCAGCAUGAUCUCCAGGAACAAUUCUGACAUGAACAUUGCAGGCUUAAUGAGUAUGUCAACUUCCUCGACUGCAGGAGCUGGGCCUCCCCUCCCAGAUGCAGAGGACUCGCCCAGUGAUCUGAGCAGUAUGGAUAUGUUUCAGUCAGAGCACUGGAUGACCCACCAUCCUCCACACAAGCUAGAGGCUGGCCAGGUUCACAGGACUAACGAAAGCUCAGCAGCCACUGAGCAGGAUGGCGCGGCUUACCAGAAGCAGAGCAGCAAGAGCGCGCCGUCGGCAAAGGUGUCGCUGAAAGAGUACCGCGCCAAGCAUGCUGAAGAGCUGGCCGCACAGAAGCGGCAGCUGGAGAACAUGGAGGCCAAUGUGCGGUCUCAGUACGCCUAUGCUGCACAGAAUCUCCUGGUCCAGCAGCAGAGGGAGAGGGAAGUCCAGCAGGAGAACAACCCCUCCCCAGUUGUCCUGAAGAUUCCCACCAGCAGCUCCGAAAGCGCAGAGCGCCCUCCUUUGGAAAAGAGCGACAAGGCCUCCGCCUUGAAGCUGAGGAUCCCUGUGGCAGGGGGAGGAGGGGACAGACAACUUGCCUCCAAACCAGAGGAGAUCAAAAUGCGCAUCAAGGUGCCGACUGCCUCAGAUCGGCACAGCUCCUCGGACGAGAGCAGCGGGAAGAGUCGGGAGCACAAGGAGAAACACAAAGCCCACUUGUCCAACCACCACCAUCACAAUCAUCACUCGCACAAACACUUGCAUGCGCAGCCCACAGCUGGGGCCAGCGGUGCUGGGGGCAAGCGACCAGGAGACUCUAAAUACAGCAGCCAGCAGAGCACCCUGGCCCAUAAAAGCUUCAGCUUGUCUGGGUCCUCUCGGAAGAGGCCUCUCCUGGAAGAGGUGUCGACUGCUGCACAUGAGCACCAGCCGAAAAUCAGUAAGAGCUCCAAAGCUGCUGGCAUGCAAUUUUCCUUUGCCCACCUCCCCGGGGCUACCCAGCUUCCCGGGCACAGCUUGGAUGCAGCUGGCCUCCCCUUCCCCCAGGCCGGCAAAGCCAGGGGGACCCAUGGGAAAUCGGACAAAGGCCCCACCGGGGCUAAUGGGCACAACACAAACCAGGCCAUUGACUAUCAGGAUACAGUCAACAUGCUGCACUCGCUGCUGAGUGCCCAGGGUAUGCAGCCCACCCAGCCCCCGGCUUUCGACUUUGCCCACUCGUAUGGCGAGUACUUGAAUCCAAGGGCCCCUGGGAGCUCCAGAGCUGCCAACACGGACAAGCCCCGACCGCCCCCACUGCCCUCAGAACCCCCUCCCCCCCUCCCUCCUCUGCCCAAGUAAAGUCCUUUUUACUACUGAGUUUGUAUAGACAUGCCUGGAAUCUGGGCCGCCCCCUGCAGGGGAGGGGCAGGGUGGUCUGACCCCACUGCCUCACACAACUAUUUUAUUAUUAUUAUUAUUAUUAUUUUAUUUUAUUAUUUUUAUUAUUGGUCUUAGAGUGUGGAGUCCUCCAAGCUGUGAAAGGAUAAGAAAUGUCCUUCCUUCUCCUUGCUCUCCCCAUCAGAAUCCCAUGGGGCUGCAGGGGCCUGCCCCCUCUUGGAACAGAGCCCCCUCUGCGUGUUGCGCGCUGGGGGCGGGGAUGUGGGGGUACCUAAAACGUGUCGCAGAAUCUCUUAAAGACAUUUUAAAAAUAAUUUAAACAAUAAGUUAUAUCUGUUCGUAGUGUUUUGUUCACUUUAAUUUUGUGAAGCUGGGAGGUGGGUGUAAAGUGCCCGAGGGCUGCUGCAGGGGCUGGGAGAGGGAGCUUGUGGGAAGGGCUCGUAUGGCUUGUCGUCAGCUCGGCUGAACGCUGAGUGGUGUAGAGAAGGUGCUCAGGAGCUGACCUGUACGAAGAGGGCCAUGAAUGGAAGCAGCAUGGUCUGGUGGUGAUGGAGCCAGGGAAUCCCAGCGUGGGGCAUUACCUGGGCUGAGUCACUUCAGUUUCCUCAUUCGUGAAAUAAGGUUGGUGCUGACCACCACCUCCCCCUUGCAAAGGGCAUUACCCACUGGUUGGUAUUGGCUCUGUCCCUCCUCCCUGUGGAGGGGAGGAUCCCUCUGCACCUCAGCAUCACUGUGAGGCAAGGGCAGUUCUCUACCAGAUCAUGCUGGUUCCACUGAAAAGUCCCCACUGCUGUGACCUGCUCAGUCUGCCAUGUGCCAGUAGUGAGGGGGGUUACAGGGUCAGAGUGACUGGAGUCUGGCUGCCUGCUAUGUGAAGGGGCUGCUGAAAUGCAGAAGGGUCUGCAGCCUAGAGCGGCCAGGACCUGGCAUCACUGUGGGAGCAGCAGCAAGGUGCCAUCAGGGAUCUCGCUCCAGUCUCCUGUGGGGGGAAGCCUGGCAGCGGAGGUGAGAUUGGGGAGGGAGGACAGUGCUGUGUCCAGGAGGGGGAUGAAACAGAAUUGUGAUUGGGGGUGCUUCAAAGUGUAUUUCAAUUGCAUUAUGGAAUGAGAUUCUUCCUAUUUGUUGUUACAAAGAAAAAAUACUGCAAAAAAGUGAAUUGUUUUGAAAUAGUCCUUUCUAGGGGGCCGGGGUCGAAUGUGACAGGACCAGUCAGGCCAGUUCGUGACUUGAGUUUUCACCGCACAAGGGGCUGGGACCCCCACUGGGCUGACAUUCCUGUGGGGGUUGGGCAUCUAUCUGUGUCUCUGCCAGCCAUCUGGGGCCAGAGUUGCUGCCUGUGUAUUUCUGCCUGCUCAGUUGCCCAUAGAGAGAAGUGGUCAAGUACUUGUAGCUGGCUUGAGUUCUGGGGGCCGUUUGGAACGGGAGCCCCCUGAAGGUGGCAGUGGCUGGAAAGGGAUCUAGUUGUCAUUUCUGCCUAAUGCAGAAUCCUCCUUGCAUUUGCUCAGGUCUCUUGGAAUCUGACCAUUUAACAUCCCCUCCUGCCCCUCACCUGCUGGCUAACACUGUAGCUCUAAUGCAGAGUAUGUGCGCCAAAGAUGCAAUACUGACAUCUGCUAGGAUCAGAGGCAGCUGCUGGAGACAGGUCACAGUCUGGGUUUUUAAUGGCAUCCUCUCAAAAUGCACAAGUCCUCUGCAAAGCUUGGGCUGGAUUCUGCUCUUACUCUGGUGUCAAUCGGGGGGAAAUUGCUGAAGUCGAUCCAGACUGACGCAAGUUUUACCCAGAGGAGAGUCUGACCCAGUGCAGAUGGCUGAUGUCAAGCAAAAGCACCAAGAUACAGAUUAGCUGAGGGAGGGACUCGGAUCAGCCUACCGGUGUCUCCUGUUCUCCAUGCAGCAUUGUUAGAGCAGUUGAGUUUCUGCUGGCUAGAAAAGUCCAUCCUGCCAUCUGUGUGGCACAGACUGGAGAGCACCUCUAGGGGUAGCUCGUGGAGGGAUCUCUAUGGCUGCUUUGCUGUUGUUCUCUCACAGAACUUGGACCCAGAGCUGCUGUGGAAGCGGGGGAGCCUCUGCUAGUUUGGGCCAAGCUUUUUUGUUUCAUUUACUAAUCUCUCCAAGAAGCUGGAGGUUUUCCCUUGUGGCUCAGGUUAUAAUCUUCCAAAUUUCCAGUAAACUGUCUUCACAUGCUUCUGGGAAACGUCCUCUCCUCUGUAUUGAACUCUGCCUGGCUUUUUAACGUUCUGUUUAACCUGGAACUGCACUGUCCCAGGCCAGGGAGACUAUCUCAGUGCAGGGCUGUCAGCCAGUACCAGCCUCAUCUGGUUUUGGGUGCAAAACUUAUAUUCCCUUUUUACAUAUGUAACACUGAGACUCCCAGCAGGGAUUUGGUCUUUGCUUAACCCGCAGCUUUUGCGGCACACUAGCUGUCUCUUUAACUGAGCCAUUAAUGCGGAUUUUUUAAAUCACAGAUAUAGGCACUUUCUAGCUCUGCCCUUUCACUAUUAGGGAUUUUUAGUUUACUGUUCUGAUGUAGCCGCCUCUGCAGGGGUUGGAUGGAGCAGACCCUUCAUAGAGUUCAGCAGACGGGGGUUUCUCUGGGAGGGGUCUUGUCAGUUUCUGGAAAACAUUGGUUUUUUUAAAUGGCUACAUUUCUUAGAACUUCCAGCUGCAAAGCUAACCCUGGGGCUGACGCACUGCUCUUCGCCCUCUGCUAUAAAGAAGUACAUCCCGUGGCCAGGCUUCAGGAAUUCUGUUCCCAUUUGGACCCCGCAGUGAAAAGGCCAGUCUUUCAAGCGUGCUCAGCGCCCACCAGCUCCCACUGAGAUCACCCAGGAAGCUAGAAUCCUGGUUUGGUGGAUUGUGUAAAACUUGAAGCUGUCUUAAAAAAUGGAGGGGGAAAAACCCAACUGUUAAAUUUAUCUCCUUCAUAACAGGUGUGAGCUUGCGAAUCCUGCAUAAUUUGUGGUAUGUAAGGAGCACAGGCCUUGCGGGUAUUUGUCCUGUAUGGUGGCUCCUAUUUAAAGGAUGGGGCCUGGGUUAAGAUUGUGGGGGACAAAUUCUGGGGGGGGGGGGACUUUGGUUCUCUAGGUUUCCUUCCCUUUGUGAUUUAAAAAAAAAAAAGUACAAAAAGGUAAAUGACUUGUAGGGGGGUUUCCCUUUUAAGAUACAGUGAGUUCAGCUUGAAUCAUGGGGGAACUUUCUGCUGGCAUCGCUGCCCAAAACACAUCUCGCAUCCCAUAUGGAAAAAGAGCACAAUGCACUGAGUAGAGAAAUCACUAGUGUUUCAAUGCAUGAAUUCAGUGUCUGCUGUACCAUCUAAAAUUGCCUGUAGGUUUUAUCCAGAAUUCGUGGUGUGUUCGUGUAAAAGAGCAGAGACUCUGACUGCCCAUAUGCUAUGGAACCAACUUGGGUGUGAUGGGAAGAGUGGGCAUUAGUGGAUCAGGAAAUGGAAGUAGGUGGCUCUAUUCUGUGGUGACCAAACUGAGCUUUGGUCUAAGCUGACUUUCCUCCUGGCAAUGGAAAGAAUGGUAUGGGUGCAAGUCACUGGAUGGUGGAGGCUCCUCUACCUUAAAUACUUACUAGUUGCUUUUCCUGCAUUGCCUCUCUGUGUAAGUUACCUGGCUUCCUCAGCCACUGAAUGCCAUCUCUCUGCAAAGGCGGCCUCUCUGCCACUUCACUGGAUGUGAAAUGUACAAUGCUGCUCAAAUUGGCAGACACUUUCCAUGGAUGUUCCAAUCUUUCCUUCCAAAUUCAAUUUGUCCCCAUAUUUCUUGAGAAGGGGGGGAGUAAAAAUACAGGGUCUGUGAAACCUCUGCAAUGAGAGAACAAAGCUCUGCCUGAACUUUCCACAGCACAGCUAACCUCCUGCAGUCAUGAAUCUGCUCUUUCACACAGACACCAAGGCAAACAUUGAUUGUGAAGAUAGCAACAAAGAGUCCUGUGGCACCUUACAGACUAACAUGUAUUGGAGCAUCAGCUUUCGUAGGUGUGUGACGAAGUGGGUAUUCACCCACGAAAGCUUAUGCUCCAGUACGUCUGUUAGUCUAUAAGGUGCCACAGGACUCUGUUGCUUUUUACAGAUCCAGACUAACAUGGCUACCCCUCUGAUGCUUGAUUGUGAAGACAGUCGCCCUGCCCCUGAUAGCACUCCAACAUGCUUUUCUCCACUGAGGAAGUGAAUGGUCUAAAAUUCUUCAUUCCUUUGUUUGGGGAAGUGAUGGGAGGGAAGGAUGACUGCAGGGGUGGGGGGAGGAAGGGUAAUUUAAUCUAUUCUGAAGUGUUACAAAUAUUUAAACUCUGGACAUUAUUUUUUAAAAAGAGAAGUUUGCUACAAUUCCAUUGUAAACUCAUUUCCCUUUGAGACAUGGCUACACUGUCUGAGAGGGGCACAACUGGCUUGAGCCUUCACUACCACCCCACUAUUGGGAUGCGAAAGGAACACUUGACAGCAUUCAAAGUACUGGUGCUUCACAACACCUUUAACUACUGGCGGUCUGUACAGGGUGAGCUGGUGUGUGUGUGUGUGGGGGGGGUGAUACAACUGCAGUAUUGCUAAGCUUUCUCCUUUUUACGAUUAUAUGAAACUCAGAUUGGAUUCAAUUUUUUUUUAAUUUAAACCCCCAUCAAGCCAAAGAGCCAAAUCAAUGCGUUUUCUGAUCUCUCACUCAGGGUCUGCCUUGUGGUUGCAAACUGACCAAUUUGGGAUUUUUCCCUUCCCUUCCACUGCUGCCUGUCUCCUGAUACCUACUGCAUCCUCCCCCCCCCCCCCAAUACAAAAUGUGAAGAGCUUCCUCUGCACAAACCAGCAGGAAGCUGGAUAACUAAUUUGGCUACAGGUGUUUGGGAUCUUGCUGUCAAGUAUGUUUCUCUCUGUAUUUAUCCACAUCAAUAAACAUUAAAAGCAAAGGAGUCAA